AUGUCGACCAACGACCUACAAGCUCUGUUUGCCAACCUGAGGCCAAAGCUUCGCGAUUCCCCUGCCCCAUCCCACACCUCCAACAAUGCUGGCCAGCCUUCUCCGUUCACCGGCGUCUCGCCACUCCCAUCAAGCCCUCCUCCGCGCUCUACCUCCGUCGCGAAUGAGGGCUCGCACACCAGCCAAAUCGCACAACCUGUGGCAUCAGCCCCGUCUGCCUCUGCGCAGUCUCUGCUGAACUUGCUCAAUUUUGGACCUUCCGCCUCAACACCCUCGAAUGCCACCUCGACGCGCCUAUCUUCUGCUGGCAAUGCUCAUGUUGUCCCAGAAGGACAGAAUGGCAAGCUGCCGGCACCUCAAGAGUCCAGACAAGAGCCAUUGGCUUCAGCGUCUGACCUUGUCGCCAAACUCAUUUCUCCUUCAGCCGAAGUGCGGCCACCACUCAGGUCUCCUUUCAACCUGGAAGAUCAGGGCGGAGGUGGCGAUCGUCCGGCUUCUACAACCUCUCGUGAUGCUUCACAGGAUGCUCUCCUGAAGCUUUUGAGCAAAGCACAUCUUGGAAGUUCUGCUGGUGGACGUCAGGCUCCCGCUGAGCGAACGCAGUCAAGAGACGCGGCUGAUCGCCAGUCUUCGUUUAUCUCGACCAGCGCUCCUCAGUCAGGCCCUAUCGGUACACCCGUUCCGGCGAGCAAGCCUCCAGCGCAGUCUCAGCCCCUCUUUACGUACACGAAUCCUUUCGAGGCAUUACACACCUCGUUAAACGCCUCUCGCACCCAGACACCCGGAAACGGGACGUCCGUUCCCACGGUGCUCGGUGUCGAUACCCCGCAUCCCAGCGUCGAAGCUGGUUCUGAUGGUCCCGAAGCUGGUACUUCACGCGUGGCUACUACCGAACAGGUCGCCAAGAGAAAGAUUCUUACGCCUAGACUGCCCUCGGCAUCGAGAAACGCGACCAUCUCGCGCGAAGCCUCAGUCGACCCGUCGCUUCCAAAACAGGAACCUGGCACCGAAGAUGUCGCGCCAGUGCAGGAUAUCUUGGCCUCUGCCCCUCCAGAGGUCAAGCAAGAAGAGAAAACAAUGGACGAGACUCCUGAGGAUGGUCUAUCGGAGGCGAAGAACGGGGAGCUCUCCGAAGUAGAGAAGGCUGUUGCUCAUUCGCCUGACGGCGGGGAUGAAUGGGAAGAUAUGGAGGGGUCGCCGAACAAAGAAGAUGCCAGAGUCGUCCCUGUCUACAAUUUCCCCAUCAAGCCGUUUGUGUCCCUCAACUUGCAGUUGCCUGAACCUUCAGAAGUCGGCAUCAGAGAGGAUGGCGUCAUGGAAAUCUCGCGACUAAAGAAGGAAUUCGACCAACUGGAUCGUUCUUUGGCAGCGGCAACUUCAAAGUACAUCACCUACGCGUUGGUAAAGAACGGUGGCAUGCGCAUCAUCCGACAAGAUGAUGGUAGUGACAGACAAGUGUUCAAGAACUCCGGUGACCGUAUCUUCAAUGUCGCGCUAUGCACAUCCUCUGCUCCAGGGGAACCAAGUGAUGAUCAAACUGUUCUCGGAACUGGUGUCAGUGGCACGGUGUACUAUGCGACUAUCAACAAGAAUGGAAACGAUCUCUUUGAGAAGAAUGCGCUGGAUACUGAGAGUCUCAUUUUCCCUCCUUAUCCUCCGGCUGAUGAGAAUACCGCUGGAGGCGUGCUGAAGACACGCGCGAAGCGGAGUUCGCGGCAUCCAGAGUUCUUCGCUAUUGGACGUGGCAAAGCAAUUCAUAUUGUCUGGCCAGCAACCGCACUCUCUCCGCGUUAUGGCGUCGAAGGGCAUAAUCGGAGAGUGGAUGUUGAAAAGUUCUUCCAGGAACGGUCGCUGCAGAUCGCCACUGGCAAGGCCGGAAAGGAUUUCACCUUCAGCGAGGACGACACUCUUGUCGUGUCUCUGGACAAGACUGGAAGACUUCGGUUCUGGGACAUUCGCAAGUUGAUUGAUGAGUCCAAUGCCAGUGCAGCUCGUGUGGCAGGCAUGACUGUAGACUCUCCACUUCUGUCUCUUUCGACUGCAUCACCAUCCGAAAAGUCAUGGCCGACCUCGGUUACGUUUGUUGACAAGGUCCGUCCAUACAACAAGGGCUCGGCGCUGCGCUAUGUUUUGGUUGGGCUGCGGCAAAAUCAUACGCUUCAGCUCUGGGACAUUGCUUUAGGAAAGGCUGUGCAAGAGCUCAACUUCCCCCACGACAACGAGACCGACCCUAUCUGCAGUGUGUGCUACCACGCUAGCAGCGGCAUUAUCGUGGUCGGACACCCUACUCGAAACUCGCUCUUCUUCAUCCACCUAUCCGCACCAAGAUACACGUUGGCUACGACUUUAUCCCAGGCGGCGUACGUUCAGCGUAUUGCUCAGAAAGACCCGGAACUACCUAAACCCGAAUCAACUGCCUGUAUGAGUGGCAUCCGCGAGAUCUCGUUUGCCGAAAAAGGCCAGCUCAGGAGCGUCGAGAUUUUGCCCAUUUAUCGAACCACGGAGGCUCAGAAGACUCUCGACGAACGCAAACCUCUCUUCGAGCUCUAUAUUGUGCACUCCAAGGGUGUCACAUGCCUCAAUAUCGCCAAAGAAGACCUUGGUUGGGAUACCAGCAGCAAAGUUGUGCAUGGUGUUAAUGCUGCGGAUGAAGGCUAUGUCUCUUUGAAGGAAUUGCGACUAGGCAGUGUGAUUGAAGAAGGCCAUCAAGAAAGCAGCCCGGUUGAGGACACGCCACAGCCUACCAAAAGCUCAAAGAAGAAGUCUGGCAAGAAGAGCUCGACAUCCACUGAACGGCCAGAGACUUCGCAAGUCGAAGAAGCGGUGCCUCCCAAGCCCAUUCCUUUUCAUACGCUGGCCAACGGGUCGGAACCGACCAAGGUGGAGAUUCCUUUGGUAAAGGAGAGUAAGAAGAGCAAAAAGAAAGUUCCCCAAGUCGCUGAUUCACAAGUCGUCGAAAAAGCUAUUCCAACCAACGAGUCGCCUGUCAAAGCCGCUGAAUCCUCAAAGUCUGCCACUAUGGGUACAGACCCUGUGCCGAUUGAUGCGCCCACGUCCGCGGCAGCAGCUCCUCCAUCCACGGCUGAAGCAAUGGCCAAACAGGAAGCAGUCACUGUUGGCAUUUCGGGUGACUGGCUCGACAAAGAACUCAAAAAGGUCGAAAAGGCGGUGUCCACGGAAUUCCGGAGGGAGCUCGGUGUUUUGCAGCAGAACAUCCAGAAUGAUAGAGUUGCGCAGGAUUCGGCAGCGGUCGCCCGCCAGGAAGCCCUGCUUCGACUGGUCUCUACGACUCUAAGCAACAAUGUUGAGAAGGCAAUGUCUCGCAUACUCUCCGCUGAGAUGGACCAAUCUAUGAUUCCAGCGCUGACCACGGCUGCGGUACAAGCAGUCACUGGACAAGUUGGAGACGCUGUCACGAAAAGUCUACAUUCCGUGGUGCCUCUUGAGCUGCGAGCUCAGCUGCCUACUGCCAUCAAUGCAGCCCUUCAAAACCCUAACAUGACUCGGGCGAUAGCAGAUACGAUCUCGCCAAAGAUCGCGAAGCAGAUGGAGGGUCAGCUGAAUGACAUUCUGGAGAAGCAAGUCGUACCUGCGUUCAAGACGCUUGCACUCUCCAUGGCUGAGAAGGCGGCAUCCGAGGUUGAGGUGCGCCUUCGUAACGAGAUUCGCCAAUUGGAAAACGACAGACGCCACGACAUGAGCAGGCUCGAAAAACUCGGCGAAGUUCUUCAGGCUACGGCGGCAACAUUGCAACAAAUGUCCGAUACACAGGUCGCCUUUCAAGGUCAGAUCCUGAGGGAUCGUCGCCAGCUUGCACUAUUUGACGAAGGUAGUUCGGUGCCUGGGUCUCGCCAAGUGUCAACGGCUCGUAUGACGCCGUCGCCACGAGCUAUCUCUCGUGCUCCCGCGCCUCGGCAAAAGACUCGAGAGGAACUUGAGUUUGACGAAAUUAGCCACCUCAUGAACGACGGCCGCUAUGAGGAAGCUUCGAUAAAAUGGCUACAGUCAGCGCAGCCAUCAGAUCUGUUCGACAAAUUGUUCAUCCACUUCACCCCCGAGUAUCUCUCAACCGAUGUUUCUCCGCUCAUUGCUUUCUCGGUUGCCGUCACGAUCGGAAAUUCGUUGACUACGAACACCGCUCAACGUCUUGAGUGGAUCUCAGCCGCUUUCAACUCAGUCGACCUAUCUGACCCCGAGAUCGCUGACUUGGCACAACAUGCCCCGGCAUUGUUGAGCUCCCUGAUUCAGAAGCUCGAGCGACUCUACAUGACAAUCGCGGAACGGGACCCGGCUGACCCCGCCUUACAGAUCAUGCCGGUUGUUUCGAGGAGGGCGAAGGAAAUGAGGUCGUCCUUGGGUGGGCAGGGAUUAGGGCAGUAA